AUGUUCUCAACAUCGAAAAAACCUUUCACGGCGGUGACUGUUCAAAUUGACCGACUAACUAGUGAAAGCUAUGACGUCGAUGACUCGAGCGGUAUUGUGGAUUUAAUCGAGGUCAUCAGACUGCAAAGCAGUGGACCACAAGAGGCCAGCCGUGCUCUUCGCAAAAAGCUAAAAUAUGGGAGCGUUCACCGUCAGCUGCGCGCUCUUACCAUUCUUGACUUUCUAAUCCAAAAUGCUGGCGACAGAUUUCUCAAAGGCUUUGCAGAUGAGCCGCUUCUUGAAAGGCUGCGAGUUGCCGCUACGGAUUCUGUUUCAGAUUCAGAAGUACGAGAAAAAUGUAAGCAACUAUUUCCACAGUGGGCCGUGUUACAUGGGAAAACACCUGGAAUGGAGAGAGUAGCUCUUCUCUAUAAGCAACUACCCACACGAAAAAGGCGACUUCGUCCACAGCAAUCCCAUGUUUUGAAAGAGACCGAGGCAGGUGGAGAACAGCCAAUAGGUCACUCAGUAUCCAUAUCCACUGGAGAAGGCCCGUCUACGGCUCUAGGUUCCCCAACAGGUCGCAAAUCAUCCAUGCCUCCCUUUCCAAACAUGUCCGGGAAACCCAAGGACAAAAAACGGAAUCGAAGAACUGCGUUCAAUCUAGAAAAAGAACGACCAGAGAUAUUGCAGACAAUCGCCUCCGCCUCAGUGGCAAGUACUAAUCUGACUAACGCUCUGAAAUUUGUCAAUCGUGAGACACAACGUGUUAGCGAGAACCCCGAGGUGAUGGAGAAAUUUGAGCGCUGCAAGUCUCUCAGGCAUCAAAUACUUCGCUAUAUUCAGGUGGUUGAGAGUGACGAUUUCCUCGGCAGUUUGAUACAUGCGAAUGAAGAGUUAGUCAAUGCGUUGAUGGCAUUUGAAGUUCUUGACAAAAGCGUCGAUGAUGAUAGUGACAGUGAGGAUGACCUGUCCAUUGAUGAUCUUCGGCGACCCCUUGAGAGAAAUGUCACAGGCUCUUUCGCCGGUUUAGUUUUAGAUAGCCCCACAAAACCAUCACGGCCACAAAGGCCGACGAGUCUUCCUAGUCCUAUUCCCAAAACCAACAGUCAACCCGAGAAGCAAAGGCACUACGAGACUGCAAGUGAAGAGUCUGCGAGCGACGAGGAAGAUGAUGAUGAAAACAAUCCUUUCGGUGACAGGAAUGCAAUACCAACACCCUCUGUUGAGGCUUCAGGGCUAACUUGGAAGGAAGUUUAA